AGUAAAAACAAUCGAAAGUUUACUGAUGGAUGAAAGACAACCCACUUUGGAAGAUAAAAUGGAGAAGUACUGGAGGCGCAUGUUCUACCUAGAUCCAAAACUGGAAGCUACACCCCUGGAGCUCUCCACAUUGGAGUAUUUUGGGGCUUUUAGGAUUAUAAGUCCAAACGAUCCCAAGAAGAAACAUUGGCUUAUCUACAACUGCCUCCACUCGGAGAUUGCAGAAAAGGUGGAAAAGGUUCGCCAAAAAUAUGGAAAGAAGAACGUAUAUGAGAUUAUUCGAAAACCGGUUUACAGUGGAUUGGGUUUUCGAAAAACAGUUAAAGAUCAUUUUUUAAAUUUAAGAUGGAAGGCCAGUGGAAGUCUCUUGGAGGCUCCGGAAACAAGCUAUUAUAAUGACGAACGAUUUGUUAAAACCGUAAAUAAUUUGCUCUCUGGGAAGAAUAGAAGAAUUUACGACUAUAUAAUGGAACAUCAUCAGUGGUUUAAACGGUGUAAUGACCAAAAACCACCACCCAAUAUAGUCCGAUUUUUUUAAGUGUGUUUUGAAAUUCCGAAGCCUAUCGAUAAGC